UUUGGGCUUGAUUCAGCCUCUGCUUGCCGUGCUUUUGAUACGGUCUGCAAGGCAGUUAACAAUCAAUUGUUGUAUUUGUUUGAUUUCCCCUCAGAUUUGGGGAGGAUCAUCGAGUGUUUUGGUUGGAUUUCGCUACCAAAUUGUUGUGGCGUUCUAGGGUUCAGCAGGUUUCCUGUGGAUGGAGGAGCGUUAGGGAAGAAAGAUGGAGCCAUAAUUGCGCAGGGUUUGGUGGAUGGGGAAGGGAGGAUCUUGGAUGUCUCUGCUGGUUGGCCAAGUUACAUGAGUCCAGACACAAUUCACUGCAAGGCGAAGCUGUUUCAACGAGUCGAGGAAUCGAAGGAGUUAUUGAAUGGGCCUGCUCUUGAGCUUGGCGAUGGCAAAUCAGUACCUCAGUACAUUUUGAGAGAUUCUUGUUUUCCUCUUCUUCCAUGGCUUCUUACAUUUUUUCCAGAAUCAAACAUUGAUGAUGAGCACAGUUCCUCGCAAUAG